AUGCCUUACAACAACGCGGGCGAGCUCGCGUCCGAGGUCGCACAGACGUUCCUCGGCGCGCUGGACACCUCGCUGACGCGCACGUGGCGCGAGGAGGAGCGCCGAUGGCGCGGCGAAGACCGAGAGUGGCGCGCGCAGGACAUGGAAUUCCGCGUCGAGGAGCGCGACUGGUGGCACCUCGAGCACCUGUGGCGGCAGGAGAACCGCAAGUGGCGACGCGAGGACAUCGAGCAGCGCAUCCUCGAGAACGCGCGAUGGGUCUGGCUGCGCCACGCGGAGAAGAACCGCCGAGACGUUGAGGAAAAGUCGGAGCAGCUCAAAUCAAUCUCAAACCUCUCCGCGCUCAUCGGCGGCUUCGCCGUCGUCGCAUUCGUCGAGCUCCAGUUCUCAGAUCCAAACGAGACCCCGGAACGGAACGAGGGCCUGAUCGUGGCGUACGCCGCCACCACUGCGCUCGUCGUCGCGCUCAUGCUCAACUCCAUGGUCCUCUGCUCGUUCAUGUUAUGCUCAAUCCUUCGCAACGGCAAGACGUAUGUCAGCGACGAGGAAGAGGCGGACUACCUCUUCAGGUGCAGGCGGUUCGCGCACGAGUUCAAACUCGGCGACGCACCGCCGAGACCCCACAGGAGCUUCGAGCGGCACUGGGAGACGCGGUGCGAGGACGACUGGAGGCACGCCUUUCGCAUGUUCACCUGCGGCGUCCCCGUUUUUCUCGUCAACGUCUCGUGCAUGUCGUGGCUCAAGUUUCACUACUCGCCGCUCGCGUCGUGGACCGUCACCGCGAUCGCCGCCGUCGCCUCGCUCGGGUGGCUACACACGCAGAACAACUGGGGGUUCCACAUCGCCAAGUCGCAGGCGGGGGUGGGUCGGGACGGCGUGGGCGCGACGAGCGUGGGCGCGGCGACGCACACCCCGGCGGGGAUGCCGUUCGACUGGCACUACCGCGAGAACGGGGCCGGGGGCGGCGCGAGGGGCGCGGAGUCAUCGCGCGCGGACGCGCAGCGCGGGACCGGGGGGGCGAGGUCGCGGGGUCCGCGGGGAGGGACCGGCGCGGGGCGCGCGGGGGGCGCGGGGACCGCGGAGGAGGUUGUCGACGUCGUGGUCGAGAACGGUUCCGCUCCUUCUUCUCCUCCUCCUCCUCCUCCUCCUCCUCCUCCCGCGGUUCGAACGACGCGCGCGGUCGACCUCGGGGCGGAUGACGCCGGCGUCACGGAGGGUGCGUUCACGCGCAGGACGAGUCCCAGGGCGAGGGAUCUGGCGGCGGGCGCGAAAGCGGGCGCGGGCGGCGGCGAAGCAGUCGGGAGAAACUUGUCGAGCGGCGGGACGGGCGGCGGAGGGGACGGGGAGGAGGAGGACGCGGGGGAUCCGUUCGAGGACGCGGCGGCGGAGCUGAUGCGGCGGGCGGGGGACCGAGAGGCGUAG